UUUUCCGUUUCGCCAUUUUCCUCUUCUCCACCGGUGAUCUUGGUGGCUGCUACGUCGUCGCUCCCCAUCAGUGUUGUAAUAACCUGCUCCCAGCUGGCCGCGGCACAUAAACAAGACGGUGUUAUUUGUAUCUGUCUCACCCUGAAAAAGUGCGAUAAUGUCUGCUGAGAGUCCCGAGUACUCCCCUUUCUUCGCUGUGAUGGGAGCCUCUGCGGCCAUGGUCUUCAGUGCAUUAGGGGCAGCAUACGGAACAGCGAAGAGUGGCACAGGCAUCGCUGCCAUGUCUGUGAUGCGGCCAGAGCUCAUCAUGAAGUCCAUCAUCCCUGUGGUCAUGGCGGGUAUCAUCGCCAUCUAUGGGCUGGUGGUGGCUGUGCUGAUAGCAAACAACAUCUCUGAAAGAGUCUCUCUGUACAAGAGUUUCCUCCACCUCGGCGCUGGUCUGAGCGUGGGCCUCAGCGGUCUUGCAGCUGGUUUUGCCAUCGGCAUCGUGGGCGACGCCGGCGUGAGAGGAACAGCCCAGCAGCCCCGUCUUUUUGUGGGUAUGAUCCUGAUCCUGAUCUUCGCUGAGGUCUUGGGGCUUUAUGGUCUUAUCGUGGCUCUCAUCCUGUCUACAAAAUAAAAGUUUCUGCAUCAGCACCAUCUCAUCCAUUCCACAUCAAAGCAGCAAGAACAAAUAGGAGACUUUCACCUAAUUCCAUUACACCCUGCGGGUCUGACAGGAUGGGAUGGCGGUAAUAGCAUGUUGGCAGUCGCCUCGACAGCCCUGUCUUCAGUAGAUGUUUCCAUAUUGUUUAAAGCCAUCCAGUUGUGUCAGGUCCUGUGUGUGCAGAGCAGGCAUGGAGAUGUGUUUGGGUUGUUUUGGGAUGAUGUGUGGACAGUCUCCCUGAUUCUCGUCUGAUCUUACCUGUACAGUGUUCCAGAGCCCCUCCCCCUUCCCCUGUAAAUGUAGUAACCCGUCCGUGCUGUGAGUGUGAAUAUCAACGUUUACCCCUCUGCCCGUUCCCCUCCUUGAUUUUUUUUUUCUUUUUUUUGGGUUGUUUUCGGUUGUCAUUCUCAGUGUCUGAGAAACUGACUGUUACAAGUAUCAUGCACAUUUUUUUUUAUUUUGUUCAUGUUCUGUUUUUUUUGGGGACCAUUUCAAAUCACAAUGGUGAGGAACUGUCAAGACAUAACUAUUUUUUUUGUUAUUUAUUUCACUAUUUAUGAAAACUGAAGAUUUUGACUUGUUAAGCUGUUUAAAUGGAAAAAUGUUUAUUGAAUACCCUAUAUACAUAUACAUAUAUAAAUUAUCUGUGUAUAGUUAGAUGAAUUGCACUGUGGGUAAUUGUUCUAAGUGCUUGGAGUUCCUCUGGAUGUGGUGUGGUUAUUAAUGGAGGAUGUCCAUGUGUUGACAUAGGGUUACCUGCGUGCGUGUGUGCAUGUGUGUGUGAGCGUGAGAGGGUGUGUGUGAGUGACCAGAGUGUAUAAUGUUUGUUUAAUAUAACAUUCUCAAACACUAGUAUCGUUUACCUGUAGUGCUGCUGUCUUUAUUUUGUUUAAGGUGAGAGCUCACUGUUCAGCCAUGCCUGUCAGAUUUCCAAAUAAAUCUCAACCUCCUCCAGAA